CUCCACAAGCUUCUCGUCAACUCUAGUUUGAUUCAGAUUUCAGACACCACGUUAUGAUGUUUUCCAAACCCGUUUCAGCUUCUUGUUCUUUUUCUCUUGCAGCAAAGCAAGGGCAUGCUCUCAUGUUGACUUCUUUUUCUUCUUCUAAUCUGAAUUUGAGGACCAAAAUGAAAAGUUUCAAAGUUUCUGCUUCUGGGGAUGCAGAUAAUAUGGUAGUCACAAGUUUGGUGUUUCAGCCAUUUGAAGAGGUCAAGAAGGAGGAUCUUGAAAUUCCUGUUGAUCCUCAAGUUUCGCUUGCCAGGCAGAAGUAUUCCGAGGAGUGUGAAACAGCAAUAAAUGAGCAGAUCAAUGUUGAAUACAAUGUUUCUUAUGCGUACCACGCCAUGUACGCAUAUUUCGACCGAGAUAAUAUUGCUCUCAGGGGCCUGGCUAAAUUUUUCAAGGAGUCGAGUGAAGAAGAAAGAGAACAAGCGGAAAAGCUGAUGGAAUAUCAGAACAUACGUGGAGGGAGGGUAAAGCUACACUCAAUUCUGAUGCCACUCUCGGAGUUUGACCAUGCAGAGAAAGGAGAUGCAUUGUAUGCCAUGGAAUUAGCAUUGUCCCUGGAAAAGUUGACAAAUGAAAAGCUUCUGAGUCUGAACAGUGUUGCAGACCGAAUGAAUGAUCCCCAACUUGCAGAUUUUAUCGAGAGAGAAUUUUUAGCUGCGCAGGUGGAAACCAUUAAUAAGAUAGCGAAAUUCGUCGCCCAAUUAAGAAUGGUUGGAAAAGGCCACGGAGUGUGGCACUUCGAUCAAAUGCUCCUCCACGAGGGUGAUGCUGCAUGAUGAAUAAACAGGGUGCUAAUUUUGGCAGUACCCCUUACUGCCGAAAUUCUGGAAUGCUUCUUUUUCCUCACAAUUACAAUAUGUAGAGAAUAAUGAACUAAAAAGAAAAAGUAAUAUGUAAAAGUUAGUACUCAAUAGAAAGCCGCCUUGCUUUCGCAUAUCGCUCGUCAAAAUUCUGAAUAGUAAUACUGAUGGGACAUGGAGUUUAUCCAUGAGGGGUGUUGUGUGAGUGAUGUAAUAGUCUUAAGAAGCAUAGAAUCAACUCAUGUCAACUCAUCCUCUUGUUGUAUAAAUAAUUUAAGUUAUGAAAUCAGGUUAAAGUCCUUUUCAAAAA